UUGUUCUUUGUGUGUGUGUGUGUGUGUGUGUUCGGUGCCAUAAUGUCAUUCAGACUUUGAGCUUAGGGAAGUUGGUGUUAAAGUCAAAGAAUUUCUCUGUCAAUCUCAGUGUUUUGUUGGUAAUUAUCCAGAGCUACAGACAUCGUUUGAGUCGAGUGGAGAAUUGCUACCCUAAAAGGGCUGACUAUAAUGUCAGCGUACAUCUCAGUGCUUGGUGUGGCAGUGUUGCUCCUCCACCUCUGGGGGGCACAUUCUUUCCCCACCUCUGCCUGUCCUGUUCCCUGCCUGUGCCAGCGCGGCCCAUUCCUCGACUGCUCUUCUUUGGAUCUAACUGAGAUUCCCACAAGCAUAUCACCAACUGCGGUUUCCUUGAACAUAUCCAAUAAUGCCCUGCGUUCUCUGGCUCCUCUCAGCUUUGGUCGUGUAAAAUUGAAGGGACUUCUGCACCUUUGGGUGGGAAAUAAUGCUUUGGAGAGCCUGUCUCUGAUUUUGAAGAAGGACCGGUCAGGCACUAGGACCCUGUCAAGUGUAGGGCAGGAAUGCAUGUCCUGGGCACCUGACCUUCAGUUGCUGUCUGCUGAAAGAAACCAUCUAAAACAUCUACCAAAGGGGCUGGGCUGCAUAAAGUCUCUGCAGAUUCUUCAGCUGUCUUAUAACCAGAUAUCUAAGAUAGAUCUUACUGACCUGGACAACUGUAUUCAUUUGAAAGAGCUACAUCUCCAGCAUAACAGCAUCAUGAGCAUUCACCCACAAGCCUUUACUGACCUAAAACAGCUGAAGGUCCUUGAUCUGAGCUAUAACCUGCUGGUCACCGUUCCUGUCCCUGCUUACCAGUCACUGCGAAACCUGAAAGCCUUGAUCAAUGUCUCCUUCAACAGAUGGACGUGUGACUGCAACUUGCAGACCUUGAGAAAAUGGAUUAGCUUUGAUACAGAAAUGGGUGAUGCUUCCUGGCAAAUAGUAUGUGCCUUUCCACCACAUCAUGCUGGAAAAGAUCUGCUUCACCUGAAGGAUUCUGAGCUUACCUGUCCAACACAUGAAUCCAGCAGAUCUGGUCACUAUUAUAAUAUGAUUGUGGAAGAGGGGAUACAAAUAUCAAUUCCUUGCAGCAAUGACAGUAAAGGUAUCAUGCAGGUUCAUUGGUGGACUCCACAUGGCAAAGUCACAGAUAACCAACCAAAACUUCUAAUUAAGGACAUUACAGAGAAGCAUGCAGGACUUUAUGUAUGCAUUUCAGCUCUCCAAGGGGAGCACAUAUCAGUAUUUGAUAUACAUGUCUACAAAAAAGGCAGUGGCUCAAGACCACGUAGGGAUGCACAAACCAUCUUGGAUGAUGAAGAAAAUAAAAACACACCAAGGAAUAAUCCUGCUUUACGGCAAACAAGGAGCGAGUCAGAUUUUGUCCUUGCCGUCUGCCUCUCGGUCAUCAUUACAUUUAUUGUAGCCUUUAUCCUGGGUGUUUUUUUGAGACCACUCCUAGAAAAACUAUGGAGGAGAAUACGAUCCAAGAGACAAUCUACACCAUCACCAGCAACCACCUCCUCCACUGGGCCCCAGCCAUAUGUGAAUGAAGGGUACUGUGAUGUAGAAGACCAAGAACGAGAAGUAAGAGUGAGUUCAAGAGUUACAUUUGGUGGAAUCACAGAAGUUGAAAAUCAAGUGCCUUACUACGUUACAGUAGAGGAUGAUAAAGCAGAUGGCUCCUCUGAGAGCAACACAGAAGUCGAGGUUUUUUAUGAGACCGUUGGGAAAGAUAAAACCUCAGUAACUGGCGGGAAACAGCAGGCCCUUGAGAUGGAGGUUCACAGAGGAAGAGCAGGCAGCAGUAGUAGCAGCUCACUACAGGUAGGAGAAGUGAAUGCUUUAGUCAUAAAUGGUAAGAAGCAGCCACCUUGCUCCAGUGAAGACAUGGAAUUUGAGCCAAUUCCAGAUGAAGAUGAUAUCACCCAGGUAAAGAGAAGAAGGGGCAGUUCUUCAACAUCAUCUCAGUCCAGUCAGGAAGGUAACUUCUCAAGACAAACUGAGCAAAGUGUUGACCCUCCACCUGUCAAAAAUAAAAUUCCAGGAUUUAGUACAGAGCCGUUUUCAGAAUGGUCAAACAGACUGAAAGAACAGAAUGUUGAUAAUUUGGACCCAGAGUUGUGGAAUGACAGUGGAGAAAGCUUUUCUUUCACUGAUGGCUCUGAAAGGUCAAGUAUCCAAAAUCUCUCCAACUCUGCUUUAGGACACCCAGUGAAAGAUGAUGACUCAUGGAGGCAAAGCAAAGCAGAAUCACCUUCAGACAAAAUAAAUCUUGAUUCAGAGGUUCUUGAUUUCGACAAACCUUUUGGUAAAGAACUUUCUGUUGAUGAUGUAAAGCAGUUUGAGCUCUCUGACAUAGUAAGCUCCUCUUCAAGUGAAAGUGGUGAAAGUGUAGGUGGACCAAACAAUUAUGUUGUGAACCCAGAGUCAAUGGAUGAAUCACACACAGAGAACUAUGAAAACCUGGUGACUUUGAAAAAAUAUGAAAAUGUCACCCCAAAUGAAAGAAUGCCUAGUGCUGGCAUUCUUAUAAAACAAGAGACUAUCACUCUGGAGCCAUCAGACAUACAUCUGACACUUACUCAUGGAGACAGUGUUGAUGAAAGUAUGCACAUAUAUGACUCAAUAAAGUGUGAAGAUGACAAAUUUGGCAUAUGUGUAGAUGUGGGUCUUGAUACAGUGCCAAAGGUUAAAAGGUAUGUUGAAUUUAAACAGUUUGGACCGCCAACACUGCCAUCAUUUUCUACUACCUCAACAAAGAAGAGCACCACUUUAUCAGAUAUUGAGGUGAAAUCCGAAGCAUUGUCUGGAGACAACAGAUGCUUAACACAAAUAGAGGUAUCUCCUAAUAGAAUUCAAAAAGUGAAGAGAUACAUUAACUUCAAACAUGCUGAACCUCAUUCCCCAACUCUGUCGUCAUCACCUUCUUUCACCAAAAAAGAUGAUAUGCUGGAAGCAAAAAGUUAUAGCUCAUCCUCAGAUGAUGAUGAUGAUGAUGAUGAACUGACAACUGAAGGUGACAACUCUGAUGUAUCUUCUGAUGGAGUUUCAAAAGUAAAAAGAUACAUUUUAUUUAAACCGUUUGAAUCUUCUUCACCAACUCUGUCAGUAUCCAGAUCUAAAACUGAGACCACAACUGAGGAAGCAAUCAAAUCUCUGCAGCCGAGCACAACAAUAUAUAACAAUACACAACAACCAAGCACAGAUACAAGUGAAAAUAUGAAAAAAUAUGUGUAUAUUAAUCAGAAUAUACAACAUUCCUCAUCUCUGCCAUCAUCGCCUACUUCUACCAUGAAAGGUUUAUCAGGAAAAAAGUCUAAACGAAAAAAACAACAAGAUCAAUCAUACUAUGGAAGUCAUGAUAGCCUGCCACUAUACCAUGUCCAUCCUGUCUAUAGGUCAAGUAUAAACAGACUGAAUAGAGGCUAUGAUACUGACCGAUCGUAUUCCAGUGAAGAAGAAGAUCUAUUUUUGGAAUACCCAACAAAAUUAGAGAUUACAGUACCAUCUGGGAUAAAAAGAGGACCUAUGGCACCAGAUAAGAACACAGACAAAGUACUCAACAUUAACUUUGAUAACUCCUCCAGCAGCACAGAUGUAUUUGACAAGAAACAGUCUAAAGGUCUGAUGAGAUUAAGAGCAUUAAGUGCACGACUGUUCAACAGACAUGAACAUGAACCAAAUGAGGGGAAUUUUCAAUCACAAGUUCAAACUAAGUCAAAAAAUAAGGUGACCACUAAUGAAGACAAUCUCUUUGGAAAAGGUUUAUCCCUUGAUCAUUUACCAAAAGUGAAGAGAUAUCUUCAGUUUACACACUCCAGUUCCUUUGUUCAAGUCCAAUCUCCUCCACCAACCACUGGAGUAGUUAUGCCAGAAUUUAUAGCAACAACGGAGUCCAGGAGAUCUAGUUUCUCCUCUGAGGAUAAUGCAAAACAAACCAAUGAAGACAAAAAUUUGGUUGGUCAAGUUGAUGCAUCUUAUGAUGGCCUUCCAAAAGUAAAAAGGUAUAUUGAAUUCUCAAGCACUGAACCUUGUUCGACAACACUGCCCUUGAACAAAGAAAGUAUAUCACUUGAACUGGUGGCACAACCCAAAUCAAGGAGAUCAAGUACAUCAUCUGAUGAUGAUGUCAUAUCUACAACCAAUGAAGACAGUUUCUUUAAAAAGAUUGGUGUAUCUCUUGAUACAGUGCCGAACGUAAAAAGAUACAUUCAAUUCAGUCAGCCAAAACCUUACUCUCCAACUCUAACAUCUUCACCUAUUUCAACCAAGAGGCCUGAGACAGUAGUGGAGACAAGUUCCAGCCCAUCUGUCAAGUUGAAUGACAAAUCUGAUGCUACGGAAAACAUUUUUUGGGGCCAAAUAAAUCUUGAUGCAGUAUCAAAGGUUAAGCGAUAUAUUCAAUUUAUGCAGUUUAAACAUCAUUCUCCAUCUCUGCCAUCAGUUUCAUCCUCUACGAAAGUCACAAGUGAUAUUACAAUGAAACCUGAAGCUACAACUGACAGAUCAUCUGGAGACCAGGGUUAUUUAAUGCAAACUGAAAUAUCUCCUGAAAAUAUAAAAAAAGUGAAAAGAUACAUUCACUUCAAGCAGUCUGAACCUCAUUCCCCAACUCUGCCAUCACCUCCAUCCUUAACUAUGAAAGAUGCUAUACAGGAAACAAGGAGAUAUAGCUCAUCAUCAGAUGAUGAUCAACUGACAAACGAGGAAGACAAUUUCUUCAGGAAAAUAGGUGUAUCUUCUGAUGGAGUAUCAAAAGUAAAAAGAUUCAUUACAUUUAAACAGUUUGAACCACCUUCCCCAACACUACCAAUAUCUAGUCCGACUGCCACAACUGAGCCAGUUAAAUCUAUGCUCACCAGCACCUCUAAAGAUGAUGUUAGAUCUCAUAAUGAUAGUGAUAAUUUCUUUGUUAAAAUAGAUGCAUCUUUCGAUGGCGUGCCAAAAGUAAAGCAAUAUCUUAAUUUUAAGGAGACUGAACUUCCUCCACAACACAUGCAGUCAACAUCUCCUUCAACCUCCGGAGUAAUUAAACAAGAGAAAGUGGAAACUGAAUUCUUUGGAGAAAUCGGUAUUUCUCUUGAUAGAGUACCACAAGUGAAGAGAUAUAUUCAAUUUAAACAGCCUGUAUCUCAUCCUACAAUAGUGCCACCCACCACUUCAGUCACAAAUCAGGUAAGAACCGAAUCUGAGGCAAAGAAAUCGAGCACUUCUGAGGAUGAUGUCAAACAAACCAAUGUCUCUGGACAAACAAUGAUCUCUCUUGAUAGAGUGCCUAGAGUUAAAAGAUACAUUCAAUUCACACAUCCUGAAAUUCAAUCUCAAGCUGAGGUAACCACACCUGAAAGAGUCAAUGCAACUAUUAUAGCUGAAGAAACAAGGAGAUGGAGCACUUCAUCUGAGGAAGAUGUUAAACCGACUACUAAAAAAGAGAAUAUCACUGAAGAAACUAGUGAAUAUCUUGCCAAAAUCCCAAAAGUAAAGAGGUACAUUAAGUUCACACAAUCUGAACCAUACUCCUCACAAUUUCUUCCUUUAACCAUGGAAAAGUCCACAAAGUUGACGGAAACUGAGCUGAAACAACCAACCACAAGAGAGAGUACUUCAUCUGAGGAUGAUGUUCAGGAAGACGAUAGCUCUAGGAAAAUAGGAUUGUCUUUUAAUGGAGUACCACGUGUUAAAAGAUACAUUCAAUUCACACAUCCUCAAAGCCAAUCCCCUGAUCAGUCAAUACCUGCUGUCUCAGCUGAAAAACCUGUAAUAUUAGGGGUCGUUCAAGACACAAGAAGAUCAAGCACUUCAUCUGAGGAAGAUGUCACAUUAACUGCUAAGGAAGACAAUGUCUUUGGCGACACUGGAGCAUCUCUUGACGAAUUUCCAAAAGUUAAGAGAUAUAUUCAAUUCACAAAGGCAGAAAGUGACUCUCUUAUUCAGACAACACCUGCUCUCUCAGUUGGGGUUGUUCAAGAAACAAGGAAAUCAAGUACUUCAUCUGAUGAUGAUAUUGAGCUAUCUAAUCAUGAUGAUGUGUUUAAACAAAGAGGUGAAUCCUUUGACAAAAUUCCAAAAGUGAAGAGGUACAUUAAAUUCAUACAAUCUGAACCUUCCCAGGUUCUUGCACCAUUUCCAAGCACUGUAAAGUCUGUAAAGGUGACAGAAACACAAUCUAGUACUCUAGAAUCUCCUAAAAAGAAUCUUAAGGAAGACAGUGUUGUCGGGCAAACAGAAGCACAUCUUCACAGAAUACCAAGAGUUAAGAGAUACAUUCAAUUCAUACACCCUGAGCAGUCAACAACUUCUCUACCAGAUGAAAUAUCUGAAGUCAUUUCAGAAACUCGAAAAUCAUGCACUUCAUCUGAAGAUGAUGUAACCUCUAAGGAAGACUAUUUUUGGGGACAUACUGGAACACCUUUCGAUAACAUACCAAAAGUUAAACGAUACAUCAAUUUUACACAUCAAACUCCAGCUCAGGCAACAGUUUCUCUCUCAGCUGAAAGAGUCAACGUAUCCGUGGUACCCAAAGUAACAAGGGGAUCCAGCACUUCAGUAGAAGAUAAUAUACAACAGUCUACUAAUGGAAAUAAAACAGCAUCAAAGAUCAUUUCAUCUGAAAAUCUUGACAGAGUACCGAGAGUUAAGAGAUACAUUCAAUUCACACCUAUUGAAAGUCAAAAUCCUGCUCGGGCAUUAACUGCCAUCUUGGCUGAAAGAGUUGGAAUAUCAGGGGUAGUUCAAGAAACAAAGACACAGAGCACUUCAGCUGUUAAGUCAUCUGCUAAUAUGAUUGGAAAAACAGACAGAAAUUUCUUUCAAGAAACUAGUGUAUCUCUUGAUAAAAUCUCAAAGGUAAAUAGGUACAUUGCGUUCACAAAGAGUGAACCAUCUUCUUCUACCAAAUUAAUGAAAACAGAUUUAGCACCUACAACACAAACAGACUAUGAAACCACAUGGUCCAGUUUAUCAUCUGCGGUGUCACCUUCUGCCUCAAUGAAAAAAGGCUCUGCAUUAAUAAUAAAGACACAAUCAGAAUUGUGGACUACAAAGGACAAUAUGAAAGGAGAACUUAUGGACAGUUCAGUAGAACAGACUGGCUUGAAGUCAAAGGCAAAGAAGUCAAGUUCCUCGUCCAGUGACGAACACUCUUUAGGACAUGAUGAGCCACCAGCAGUUCCACAGACAUUGCCACCUUCCCUAGAUCAGGAGGAUGUAAGAGAGUAUCUCAAAGAAAAUUCUGAAAUCCGUCAAAGGCAAGAACGCAGAAGAUUACAGCAGCAAAAAAGAAGGGAAAUGGAUGAGUUCAACAUUACAUCCCUAUCCUCCAUUCAACAAAGCGGCGACAGGCAGAACAGAUCACCAGCAGGUUAUGGAGAAGUGGAAUACGGCAGUGGUUCUAAAAGGAGCGUGUUAACUUCAAAACACGCAGAAGGAGCUGAAGCCCCAGUCUUACACGGCCUUAAAACGAAGAGUUCAUCAACAAUUGGUUCCAAGUCAACUUCAAAGUAUAAGGAAUAUUUAAUUUAGCUAAAGAUUUAAUUCUGACACACUAAACAAACACUGUUGUACGAUUUUGAGCUGAUGACACAAACAUAUGUUUUUGAGUAUGGGGAUUUGCCUUUUAAGAGUACUGUAAAUACUGUAAUAUAAUUAUGAACACAACCUAAACCUCAGUAUUUGUAAUGAAUAGCUUCUUUUUGCAUUGAAACAAUGUAUGAAUGUACAUAAGAAUAUUGUCUAAUAUAAACACUGUAUCGAUUUUGUCAGUCAUGAAAAAAAAAAAUCCAGAGGCUAUUAACUACACACUAUGACAACACAUUAUAUCCAUUAAUGGGUCUAUAAACAUUCUUCCAACACUG